AAGUAUCCAAAUGCCUUGGCAUGACACCAUCUCAAGCACCUUCAAGUUCUCACCAGGUGCUAUGGUCUUCAAAGCCAAAUUGAGUAAUCUCCCUCAAGGCAAUUUGGAAAGUCUAUACGAAUGAGAAUUCUAUUGAGGCUAAACAAACUUUUGCUACUAGCAAGCAUGUAAAAAGUAAGAGCUAGAUAGAAUUAGGUACUCUAUGAUCGUCACAGAGUUUUUAACACCAUCUAUGUUGAAAUUAUAUAUGACAAUGCUAAAAUAAUGAAAUACUAUAAAAAUCAAGAAGAAAUUGAGUUAUCAACCUCAAACUUCCCUCGUACAAAUUUGAGAAAUAACACAUAGAGAUGAUCCAACGAAAUAACUUGAUGUAGAUGUUCCUUAUCUUCUUUUUCAAUCAUGUCCAAAAGAACUUGAAAAUUCGUCAUACCUUUUUGAAUUUAUUCGAUUUUGUUGAAGUUGACACUGCCGCCUUUUGCUUUGCCAUUCUCAUUGGUAAUUGCUUUGGUAUAAAAUCCUCACAAUCCCAACUUUACUUUCUACCAUGACUUUGAUUUCUUUUGCCUCUUCUUUGUCGCCUAGGAGAGAUAUUUUCCUCUCUAGCUGCAUUACCAAAACAUGUAUCCAACAUAUCUUCCUCGUCUCACUCCUAAAAAUUAUCCUUACCUUGUAGAUUCGAAGCCUAUUUGGAGAGGCUAUACUACUUCCAACCUAUUAUUUGGGGUUAUCCCCCACAACUUGAAGUUAUUUAGUAAUAUUAGUAGGAGUUUAGCAUGAUAUUGUGAAUAUUGGAAACAUAAAUAGAGAUACUCUAGAUAUAUAAAAAUAUACUUAAGAGAUAUUUUAUACUUAUUGUAGAAUAUUGUAUAGCAUUAACUAUAGAAUAUUUGGUAGGAUUUACAUUUAGUGUAGGAUAUUUUGCUUCCUUUUAUCUCUUAUUCCUCUUGUGUAUAAAUACCUAUGUAGUCUGAUGUAUUAGAUCAACAAAUUGAGAUAUUCAUUCUUCAGUUUCUCUCUUGUUUUUCUCUGCUCUUGACAUGGUAUCGGAGCCUUCUUGCUUUGAUUCAUAGAGUCCUUGAUCUUUGGUUUACUUUCAAUUUUUUUUGAAAGUUUUUGUCUUCUUGUUGGUCAACAGUUAGACCUAAACACUUAGGGCUCUUGGUCUUGGUUAUUCAGGCUAUUUUUUUUUCGUAUCAUUGUGUUUUUUCGAUUUUCGGUAUUCAAAAACAUGACUUCACAUCAGUUUGAGUCCUUUAAUGUUCGUUUCACUGAAAAAAAUUAUUCUGCUUGGGAAUUUCAGUUUCAACUAUUUGUCAUUGGAAAAGAAUUAUGGUGCCAUAUAGAUGGAAGUGAUUCUGCUCCUACUGAUCCUACAAAGUUAAAUCAGUGGAAGGUCAAAGAUGCUCAGUUGCUAGGAAGACACAUCGCUGCCAAUUUCUUCCUCCAUCGCUGGUUCUUCAUUUCUAAGGAUCAGGUGUCCGCGAUGAUAAUCGCGAAAGGGCCUAAAGUUGGAAGAUUGCUUCAUAUAUGUUUUUCCAUUCCUCGUGUUCUAUCUUUUGCUUGCACUUCUACAGCCAGUAAAACUGAGGUUUGGCAUAAGCGUCUAGGACAUCCAAAUUCUAUUGUGUUGUCUCAUUUAUCAAAUUCUGAUUUAUUGGAAAUAAAAAUCAAUUUUCAGCUUCUUCCUUUGAUUGUUCUACUUGUAAAUUAGUGUCACGACCCAACCGGAGGGCCAUGAUGGGCACCCGGAGCUAACUCACCCGGGCACCUCUCGUCGUACAUUCACAUUCAUAUCUAGGUGAGCCACAUAGCUUAUCAACAAACUCUAUGCCUCAAUAAUACCAAACGGCUAAAACACUUUUUAUAUAUCAACAUCAACAACUACCCCCAUAUACAUAUACACAAGCCGACGAGGCUAACAAAAUAAUAUACCAAAAAUAUGAGCUGAAGAGGCAAAAGACAUAUGCUAUACAUGACUGUCUACGAGUCUCUAAGAAGAGUAUGAAACAUCAUCAUAAGGACAGGACAGGGCCCCGCCAUGCCCAUAUAUACACACAAAAGAAUAGUACCAACAGCUGCGGCUCUGGAUCAAAUGGAGCUCCUCUAAGCAAUCACUGGAUGUGUAGCCUAAGGAUUAAGUCUAUCUUCCUGUCCACCUGCGGGCAUGACGCAGCGUCCACAAACAAAAGGACGUCAGUACGAAUAAUGUACUGAGUAUGUAAGGCAUAAUCAAUAACAUAGUAGAAGCAUGAACGAUAACAUAAGAAAGAAGAGUCAUGGGAUGAUAUAGCCAUUUAUACCUCUAGCGACGUUCAUCAUAUUUACUUACCCUUUUUCAAAGGGGAACCUUCCAUUUCAUACAUUUAUACAUAUAGUAGUAUCAUACCCGACAAUGUAAAGGCCUAGUAUGACUGUAUGUACACCUCAAAGUGUAUAGAAGACUUUAUUGAGUCCAAUUGAAGUUUUAAGAACUACACCCGAAAGUAAAAGUUAAGAUUGAUCUAUUGCCUUAAUUUUUUUAUUUUUUUUGAAGAAUCAAAAUAUCAUUCACGAGUCAGACCCACUUUCAAAUUUCACCUCUUUAUAGACUACUACUGCAAAAAUUAAAAUACACUGUGCAAUCAUUAGAUAAUGACCAAAGUUGAUUUAAAAGAAUAGAUCUUAACUGAAAUUAAAAUGUGAGAACGAGCAAUGGCCUGCGUUGGGUAAUGCUCUUCACUGAUUGUGUGACUAUUGGGAUUUUUACUCUUUCCUAAGGGUUUGUUUUUAGAUUACUGAGUGGGAAACAUCUGAUUGAGUAGGUAAUCUCUUGUGGUCGUUUAGUAUUUGGUUGCAAUUUUGUCAAUGUUCUCGUCGACUUUCAGCGAGAUUGUGGAGGAAUAGAGGUAGGUGAGUUUCAUUCUCCGUCGGCGUGUUUACUAUCAGUACAGAGAGAAGAAAGCUGAGCCAUUAAGUUUUUUAUGUGACACGUGUCACAAAUCGAAAGGGAAAUUGGAGGAACUGGACAAAGAGUGGACUGAAGAGGAGCCGGUUCCAAACAUGUCAUAGUGGUAAUUUUGUUUUUUGGUUAAUAAGGAUACUUUCAUUUGUACUUGUAUACGGGUUAAACCGAGGAUACGGAUGUGCUCGGUUUCCCGUUGUCAUCGUUAUGCUCGGGCACGAUAUGACCGGCUCAUCGAGAACAAGGCUUCGAGUUCGAUCUGGGAUGAGGCGUUAAUGGAAGGACGGUUAACCGCCAUAAGGAGAAGACCGAAAUAUCUACCCUCAACCAGAUAUUUCGGCGUCGAUUUCGACAACAAUUGUCACCAGAUUUCUUUUCUUUAUUCAGAAUUGUACUAGGAUUGAGACUCCUCUACUAUAUAAAGAGGAGGUUCUCAUCCAUUGUAGGGGGUUGGCGGUUUCUUUAUUCAGAAUUGUACUAGGAUUGAGACUCCUCUACUAUAUAAAGAGGAGGUUCUCAUCCAUUGUAG